AUGGGUGGCAGCCCGGGUUUGGGGGUGGGAUGGGUGCUGGCGCGGGGGGUGACGCGGUGCUGCGGCAGGCGGUGGUGCGAGCGGACGGUGCAGGUGACGGCGGAGGAGGAGGUGACGCCACGGCGAGAGGACGCGGUGCCCUGCGGCAGCCUCUACCACUACAGCCUGGCGGGAUGGCGCAUCGACAGGGACCGCAUGCGCCAGGCCUAUGGCGGGCACCACGGCGAGGCUCCCCGCGGUGCCCAGCCCAGCACCGGCACAGACCCCCCCCUCUGCUACAUCUACAGGCCCCCGGAGAUGCGGCCGGUGGUGUGGAACCGGACGGUGCGCGCCUGCUGCCAGGGCUGGAGCGGCCCCCACUGCACCGAAGGCAAAGGUGCCCUGGGCUGGUGCUAUGGCACAUGGCGGUGCCAGGAUGCCUCCAGCAGCCACAACCUCUCCGCCAUGAGCCUGGCCGAGUGCUGCCAGCACCCCUGGGGCCACAGCUGGAGGAGUGGCCCAGCUGCACCGUGCCUUGCCUGCACCCGCCUGCCCCUGGCCAGUGAGUCUGGGGCUCCUGGGGGGAUCCAAGGGGCAGCCGCCCGGCACCGCGGCCCCGAGGCCGUCUGCCUGAGCUGGGCUGGGUCCCGCUACCGAACCUUUGACGGACGGCACUUUGGCUUCGCCGGGGAGUGCACCUACAGCCUGAGCGCUGCUGUUGAUGGCUCCUGGGCUGUCUCCAUCGCUGCUGGUGAUCCCCGGGCGCUGCACAUGACCUUUGGCAUGGACACGGUGACCACCUGGGGCCGAAACGUCUCUGUGAACGGCGCAGCGGUGCCGGUGGGGCAGCCGUACCUGCGCAACGGGCUCAGCAUCACGUGGUUGGGCGACUGGGUGGCCGUGGCCAGCGGGUUGGGCAUGCGGGUGGCCACGGAUGGGCAGCAGGCGGUCACCGUGACGGUUGGCGCCGAGCUGUGGGACGGCACGUGGGGGCUCUGCGGGCCCUACAACGACGACCCCUCCGACGAUUUCCUGCGGCCAGGGGGGGAUGUGGACCCCUUUGCUGCCGGUUUUGGCAACUCCUGGAAGAUCCCAGACGCCAGGUCAGAGGUCGCAUGCAGGGACGUGGUGGAGCUCAGCCCCGGCUGCGUGGCGGGCGGCGCGGUGCAGCAGGCGGCUGAGAGUGCCUGCGGGAAGCUCCUGGCUGAGCCCUUCCGCCAGUGCCACGGGGAGGUCGAUCCCGGCGGCUUCCACGCGGCGUGCCUGGACCUGUGGUGCCGGGAGGGGGCCGUCGGGGCCGAGCCGCCCGCCGCCGUCUGCGAGACUUUCGCCGCUUAUGCGCGGGACUGCGCGCAGCACCAAACCGACAUCGACUGGCGCCGGCCCGGCUUCUGCGCGCGGCGGUGCGGCGCGGGAAGGCGCUUCUCGGACUGCGUGUCGCCGUGCCCCGCGAGCUGCGCGGCCGCGGCGGGCAGCGGCGAGGAGGGUCCGUGCCGCGGGGACUGCGCCGGCGGCUGCGAGUGCGCGCCGGGGCUGUUCGCGGACACGGGGCUGCCCGGGGACCAGGCGCGGUGCGUGCCCGCGGCCGCCUGCCCCUGCCACCACCGCGGCCGCCGCUACGCCCCGGGACAGAGCAUCCUCCAGCGCUGCAACCGCUGCACGUGCCAGGGUGGGCGCUGGCUCUGCAGCCGCGACCGGUGCCCGGGGGAGUGCACCGUGCUGAGCGGCCGCCACUACGCCACCUUCGACGGCCGGCGCUUCUCCUUCCUCGGCCCCUGUGCCUACACCCUGGUGCAGGACUUCGUGGAGGGGCGGCUGCUGGUCACGGCUGAGCACCAGGACUGUGACGGUCGCCGGUCCCAUGGCUGUCCCCGCGCCCUCUCCGUCAGCACUCGCCGCACCACCGCCCGCCUCGGCGGCACAGGGGAGGUGACGGUGGAUGGGCAGGAGGUGCUGCUGCCUUUCACUGGUGCCGAGCUGAGCGUCCGCCGUGCGUCCUCCUCCUUCCUCCUGCUCCAGACCUUCGGGGCCCACGUCCUGUGGGGCCUGGACGCCCCGACUGUCUACAUCACCCUCCUCCCUGCCUUUGCUGGCAAGGUGCGGGGGCUCUGCGGCACCUACAACUGGAACCGGCAGGAUGAGUUUACCACACCGGCUGGCGACGUGGAGAUCGGCGUCACCGCCUUUGCCAACACGUAUCGGGCACCUGGUGACUGCCCAGUGCUCGGCCCCACACUGCCCCUCGAGCCCUGUGAGGCCUUUGCAGGGCGCCGGGAGCUUGCCGAGGCCGCCUGUGCCAUCCUGCAUGGCCCAGCCUUCCAGCCCUGCCACCGCCUUGUGGAGCCGGAGCCGUUCCUGCAGCUCUGCCGUCAUGAUGCCUGUGCCUGCCGGGAUGGGCACUGGUGUCUCUGCCCGGUGCUGGCAGCCUAUGGCCGCGAGUGUGCCAGGGAGGGGGCCCAGCUGGGCUGGAGGAACCAGAGCGGCUGCGCCGUGCCAUGUGAUGGGGGGCAGCAGUACCAGGAGUGUGGCCGUCCCUGCGGACACUCCUGUGCCGACCUGCACCCAGACGGGGCCGAUCCCUGCCCAGGCCUGGAGGGUCUCUGCGUCCCGGGCUGCCGCUGCCCCGCCGGGCUGGUGCUGGCUGAGGGUAGACAGUGCGUCCCGCCGGCCGCUUGCCCCUGCCGCCACGGCACACGCCUCUUCCCUCCCGGCAGUCACAUCCGCCGCGGCUGCAGCGACUGCGUCUGCGCCAGCGGCGCCUGGCGCUGUGCCCACGGGCCCUGCCCCAUGACCACCCGGUGCCCCGCGGGACUGGUCCACGCACCGGGGUCCUGCCUGCGCCGCUGCGAUGGCUCCGAGCCCAACGGCACCUGUGCGGGCGUCGCCGAUGGCUGUGUCUGCCCCUCUGGAGCCCUCUUCUUGGACGGGCGCUGCGUGUCCCCGGAGCAGUGUCCCUGUCAUCACAGCGGGCAGCUGUACCGGCCCAACGACACCAUCGUCCUGGACUGCAACACAUGCGUGUGCCGGGGGCAGCGCUGGCACUGCGGCCACGAGCUGUGCGCCGGGACAUGCGUGGCCACGGGCGACCCGCACUACGUCACCUUCGAUGGGAGAGCCUUCACCUUCCCGGGCGACUGCGAGUACCUGCUGGCACGGGAGACCACCGGGCUCUUCGCCAUCACCGCUGAGAACGUCCCUUGCGGCACCGGCGGUGUCACCUGUACCAAAUCAGUGGUGGUGGUGAUGGGCAACACCGUGGUGCACAUGCUGCGUGGGAGGGAUGUGACGGUGAACGGGGUCUCGGUCCGUCCCCCUAAAGUCUAUGCUGGCACCGGGCUGAUGCUGGAGCGCGCCGGGCUCUUCCUUCUCCUCCUCUCCCGGCUGGGGCUGGCGGUGCUCUGGGAUGGAGGCACACGGGUGUACGUGCGGCUGGAGCCACGGCACAGGGGCCGCGUGGCCGGGCUCUGCGGCAACUUCGAUGGCGACGCCGAGAAUGACUUCACCAGCCGGCAAGGGGUGCUGGAGCCCACGGCAGAGCUCUUCGGCAACUCCUGGCGCCUCAGCCUGCUCUGCCCUGAGGUCGAUGGCACCGACGUGCGGCACCCCUGCACUGACAGCCCCCAGCGUGCGGCGUGGGCCCACAGGCGCUGUGGCGUCCUCCGGCAGCGGCUCUUUGCCCCGUGCCAUGACGUGGUGCCGUGGCAGCACUUCUACGACUGGUGUGUCUUCGAUGCCUGCGGCUGUGAUGCCGGGGGGGACUGUGAGUGCCUGUGCACGGCCAUCGCCACCUACGCCGAGGAGUGCGGCCGCCGUGGUGUCCACGUGCGCUGGAGGAGUCAGGAGCUCUGCCCCUUGCAGUGUGAUGGGGGGAUGGAGUACAGUGCCUGCGGCCCCCCCUGCCCCCCCACCUGCCGCCGCCUCAGCCAGGAGCCCCCCGAGCGCUGCGGGGGCCUGGGCUGCACGGAGGGAUGCUUCUGCCCCUUGGGAAGGCUCCUGCAUGAUGGUGGCUGCGUUGAGCCAGCUGAGUGCCCCUGCUUCUGGGAUGGCUUUGCUUUCCCGGCCGGUGCUGCGGUGCUGCAGGGCUGCAGGAACUGCACGUGUGUGUCAGGCCUCUGGCAUUGCCCACCCUCACCCUCGCCCUCACCCUCGCCCUGCCCAUCCCUGCCACACUGUGCCGAGUGGGAGUUCCAGUGCCGUGCCGACGGGCGCUGCGUGCCGGGCGCCUGGCUCUGCGACAACGAGGACGACUGCGGUGAUGGCUCAGACGAGAUCUGCACCCCUCCCUGCGCCCCGCAGCAGCCACGCUGUGCCAGUGGGCAGUGCCUGGCCUGGGGUGCCCGCUGUGACGGUGUGCCCCACUGCGCUGACGGCUCCGAUGAGGCCGCCUGCCCCCCGCCCCCCUGCACGCCCCCUCUGUUCGGCUGUGCCAGCGGCCGCUGCAUCGCCCCCGAGCGUGUCUGUGAUGGAGAGUUGGACUGUGGCUUCGGCGACCACUCGGACGAGGCAGGCUGCAGCCCGAGCUGUGGUGCAGGGGAGUUUGGCUGCGCCGUGGGCCGCUGUGUGCCAUACCCCCAGCGCUGCGACGGCCGUGAUGACUGCGGUGACUUCAGCGACGAGCGCGGCUGCAUCUGCCUCCCCGGCCACUUCCAGUGCCCCGAGGGCCGCUGCUUGCCCCCGGCCGCCCUAUGCGACGGCCACCGCGGCUGUGCCAAUGGCACCGAUGAGGCUUUCUGCCCUGAGCGGGCGACCUGCCCCCCCGGGCAGCUGCCGUGUCCCGACAGCUCCUGCAUCGGUGAGGCCGCGGUCUGCGACGGCGCCCAUGACUGCCGGGACGGUUGGGACGAGAGCCCGGCGGGCUGUGCGGUGACGUUGCCCCUCGCUGCACCUACCAACGCCUCCACAGGUGAGGGACUGCGGGCCCCGGCGGUGUGCGGCCCGUUCGCCUUCGUGUGCGGGAGCGGCGAGUGUGUGCCGCGGGGAUGGCUCUGCGACGGCGAGACCGACUGCCGCGACGGCAACGACGAGCUGGGCUGCGCUGGCGGCUGCGAGCCCGGCCACUUCCCCUGCGCCCGCGGCAGCCGCUGCGUGCCCCACAGCCACCUCUGCGACGGCGUCCCGCACUGCCGCGACCGCUCCGACGAGAGCACGGACCACUGCGGCUCCUCCUCCGUCCCCCCCUGCCCGGGACAUUUCACCUGCGAUGACGGCAUCUGCCUCAACCUCUCGAAGGUCUGUGAUGGUGACAUCGACUGUCCCGGGGGCGAGGACGAGCUGGCCUGUGAGACCCACGUCCCCACCGGUGGGAGCAACCAGACGGAGGGUCCGUGCGCUGAAUACGACUGUGGGGAGGGCGAGUGCAUCACCUUCCAGCAGGUGUGCGACGGCGUGCUGGACUGCGGGGCUGGGAGGGAGCCGGCCCAGGACGAGCAGGACUGUGGGAUGUGGGGGUCCUGGGGUCCCUGGGAGCCCUGCACUCGCUCCUGCGGGCCCGGGCGGCGGCGGCGCACGCGGGGCUGCCACCAGCCCCGAGCCGGGCUGCUGCAGCGGUGCCGCGGGCAGCCCACCCAGGAGCAGCCGUGCUUCCACACCGCCUGCCCUGCGGAUGGCGUCUGGGGCGAGUGGGCGACAUGGUCCAACUGCACGGGGGGCUGCGGCGGCGUGCGGCUGCGGCAGCGGGACUGCCGCCCCCCCCAGAACGGCGGCCGGGACUGCGCCGAGCUGCCGGCAGCGGACUCUGCGGCCGUCCAGAUGGAUUCCUGUGCACCAGGGGGCUGCCCCAACGCCUCGGCCUGCCCCGAGGGUCUGCAGCUCCUGCCCUGCGCCCCCUGCCCCGCAUCCUGCGCAGACCUGGCCGCCAGCACCGACUGCCGGCACCGGCCCUGCAGCCCCGGGUGCUGGUGCGCGGCAGGGCUGGUGCUGGCUGGCGAUGGCCAGUGCAUGCUGCCGGGCGACUGCCCAUGUGAGGCUGGGGGACUGCGGGUCCGGCCGGGGCAGGUGGCGGAGGUCGGCUGCCGGCUCUGCACCUGCCUGGAUGGGAAACUGAGUCACUGUCGCCCGGACCCCAACUGCACCGUGCACUGCGGCUGGUCGGCCUGGUCGCCGUGGGGCGAGUGCCCAGGGCCAUGCAGUGCCCAGAGUGUCCAGUGGUCCUUCCGCAGCCCCACCAACCCGACCCGGCGUGGUGGCGGCCGCCUGUGCCGCGGCAUCUACCGCAAAGCACGCAGGUGCCAGACAGGACCGUGCCCGCGGUGCCGGGAGCGGGGCCGGUGGCGAGCACCGGGGGAGCGCUGGCGAGGAGGGCCGUGCCGCGUCUGCCAGUGCCUGCCCAGCCUGGCCGUCCGCUGCUCGCCGUACUGCCCACACCGCCACGCCGGCUGCCCCGCGGGUUGGGUGCUAGUCGAGGGCCAUGGUGACUCCUGCUGCUACUGUGCGCCGGCGGGUGACAAUGGGACGGCCAUGCCCCCCGUGCCAACCAUGGAGUCCCCCACCACUGAGCUUGUGGAGCCCCCCGACAGCCCCCUCCUCACCUUCCCGUUGCCUUCCCUCGGCGGCCCCUGCUACCACCCGCUGGACAUCGCCGCCCUCCCCGACAGCAGCUUCACCGCCUCUGCUGAGGAGGAGGAGACCCCAGCCCGUGCCGCCCGCCUGCACCCCGGCGACCCCCGGCAGGAGCUGUGGGGUUGGGCCCCCCCAGAUGAUACGUACCCAGAGCUGCUCGCCCAGCCCCCAUUCCUGCAGUUGGACCUACUGGAGCCCACCAACAUCACCGGGGUGGUGGUUCAGGGAGCCGGCACCUCCGAUGCCUUCGUCACUGCCUUCCUGCUCCAGUUCAGCCCCGACGGCACCCACUGGCACAGCUACCGCCAGCUUUUCCAGGGGAACUGGGACGCGGGCACGCCGGCAGUGCGGCUCCUGGCACGCAUGGUGCAGGCGCGGCACGUCCGCAUCCUCCCGCAGGACUUCCACAACCGCAUCGUCCUGCGUGCGGAGCUGCUGGGCUGCCCCCCAGUGUCUCCUGCUGGGCCGGGCGCCCAGACGGCGACGCCGGUGACGGUGACGAUGCCGGUGGCACCGGUGACGCUGAGCGCAGGCUCCUGCGGCGCGGGGCAGUUCCGGUGCGGGACCGGACGCUGUGUUCCUGGGGGUCCCGGCGGGGCUCUUUGCGACGGCGUUGACGACUGCGGUGACCUCUCCGAUGAGCUGCCCUGCGGUGAGCGGAGCCCAGUGCUGCGGCGAGGCAGGGAUCCGCCCCUCGGUGUCCGCAGCAGCCGGUGUCCCGGUGCCAAGCAGCUCCCCACCAUCAACGACAUUGGCCACGCGCAGCCGAGACCCCCCUCAGCCCCCACCGUGCCGGGGGGCACGGAGCCAGAGCCGGCUGGCCUGGAGGCCCCCCCCGCUGCCAAGCCCCCCGGCAUGCCGACACCCGCCAGCACGCUGGCAGCCAUGAGCAGCCCCCCUGCAGGGACAUCCUCUACAGCUCUGACGGGGGGUUCUCCCAUGACCCCCACAGCCGGGUGCACCCCGGCACCGUGGGGGGAGUGGGGUCCCUGCAGCCACUCCUGCGGGCUGGGAGCCUCCCUGCGCCGGCGGGGGGGGUCUCUAAGGGGCCGAGGGGUCCUGGCUGGAGGGGGCUGCACCCACCCCCCCAUCGACACCCGACCCUGCUUCCUCCGUGCCUGCCCAGUGCCUGGCUCGUGGGGGCCCUGGGGGGCCUGGUCCCCCUGUGAUGCCCUUUGUGGGGGGGGUGUCCGGCGCCGCGAACGGAGCUGCACCGACCCCCCCCCCAAAAACGGGGGGCAGCCCUGUGUGGGGGGUGCCCUACAGAGCCAGCCCUGCAACCUACAACCCUGUGAGGCGGGGACAGCCUGUGGUCCCCAGAUGCUGUUUGUGGGGCCAGGGGGCUGCAAGGAGAGGGGGCUGCCCCCCUGCCCCCCAGCCUGUGGGGAUUUGAGCACCAAUGGCUCCUGCCCUGAGCCCUGCCAGGAGGGCUGCCGCUGCCGCCCGGGGCUAUUCCUGCAGGACGGCGGCUGUGUCAGUGCCAGCGAGUGCCGGUGCCAUGCGCCUGGGGAGCAGCACCAGCCCGGCGAGACCUUCCACCGCGGCUGCCGCCGGUGCGUGUGCCAGGACGGCUCGGUGCGGUGCGAGGCCGCGGCGUGCCCGGUGCCCUGCAGCUGGUCUGCCUGGUCGCCCUGGACCCGCUGUGACGCCGUCUGCAGUGUGGGGACGCAGGAGCGCUUCAGGUCACCCACCAACCCUGCGGCAGCUGCUGGCGGAGCCCCCUGCACCGGGGUGGCACGGGAGACGCGCCAGUGUCACCAGCCCUGCAGCACUGGUAGGUGAUGGUGGCGGUUGCACCGGGGCUCCCACGGCCACACUGCCCCAUGGCCACGCUGCCCCAUGUGCCCCACAUGCCUGUGUGUCCUGGCAGAGCCUAGUGGUGGCUGGGGCCCUUGGGCACCGUGGGCUGAAUGCUCUGCACCCUGUGGCUCCGGCGAGCAGCAGCGGCACCGGGCCUGCGCCAGCCUGGCACACGGUGAGACCAACUGCACCGGGCCCCACGUGCAGACACGGGACUGCAACACACAGCCAUGCCGAGCGCGGUGCCCGGGGGACACGCUGUACCGGACAGCCGAGGAGUGCCGGCGCGGCGGUGGGCCCUGCCCGCGGCUCUGCCUGGACCGGGGCGACGGUGUGGAGUGUGCCGCGCUGUGCCGUGACGGCUGCGCCUGCCCACCCGGGCUGCUGCUGCACAACCAGAGCUGCCUGGUGCCCGCCAGCUGCCCCUGCCAACACCGCGGCCGCCUCUACCAGCCCGGCGACACCAUGGCCAGUGACGCCUGCAACAACUGCACCUGCACGGCCGGGAAGAUGGUGUGUGGCACCGAGCCCUGCCCAGAGGCACCGUGGGGCACUUUGGCACCAUGGAGCACGUUGGCACCGCUGGACACGUUGGCACCAUUGGGCACAUGGUUGCCAUCAGGCACACAGUCACCGUGGGGCUCCUGGUCACCGUGGGGACCCUGCAGUGUCUCCUGUGGAGGGGGUGAGCGGCUGCGCCAGCGGCAGUGCCAGCAGCCACCCUGCCCAGGGCUGGGCCUGCAGAGCCAGAUCUGCAAUAGCCACGUCUGCCGCGCCUCGGGCUGUCCUGGGGGCCGGCGUUUCCGCGAGUGCCCGCGUGCCGGCGGGUGCCCCUUCAGCUGCGCGCACGUGGCCGGGAGCGCCGGCUGCGCCAGGGCCCGCUGUGCCGAGGGCUGCCACUGCCCUGCCGGCACCUUCCUGCACCAUGGCCGCUGCCACACGGCCUGCCCCUGCCCGCUGCCGCCGGAGCUGCUGAACGGCUCCACUCCCCACGGCCACGAACUGCCCCACGGCGCUGCCCUCCCUGCGCCCUGCGGCCAGUGCACCUGUGUGCAUGGCCGCCUGCACUGUGGGGAGCCAGGGUGCUCCGGGAUGGACUGCCAGAGCCCCGGCUGCCUCACUGUGACCAUCCCCACGCCAGAGCCCAGCCCCACGGCCCCAGAAGAGGAGGAAGAGGAUGAGGGCUUCGGGCCCUGGUCUCCCUGGACUCCCUGCUCAGGGACCUGCACCCACCCCGAGGCACCGGCCACCAAGAGCCGGCAGCGGCUGUGCCAGCGGGCAGGGGGCUGCCAAGGGGAGAGCGCCCAGCAGCAGCCCUGUAACCUGCCCCACUGCGGUGCCGUGCCCUGCUCCGGCGAGGGCUGUGCCGCCCGUGACUGCCGCUGGACGCCGUGGGGGCCGUGGGGGGGCUGCUCCCGCAGCUGUGGCGGGGGGCUGCAGCUCCGCCUGCGCGCCUACAGCCCCCCCGGGCCCCACGGCCGCUGGUGCCACGACAUCCACCGCGGCAGCAGCCAGCGCCGGCUCUGCGGCACACAGGCCUGCAAGGUGGACGGCUCCUGGUCGCCGUGGGGCCCCUGGUCGUGGUGUGACCGAACGUGUGGGGGGGGCCGCUCCCUCCGCAGCCGCUCCUGCACACGCCCCCUCCCCAAAAACGGGGGCAGACCCUGCUCCGGCCCCAGGCACCACCUGCGCCCCUGCAACCCCCAGCCCUGCGCGGGGAGCUGCCCCCCGGGCAUGGGGCUGGACGCGUGUGCCACGAGCUGCCCGCGGCACUGCCGGGACCUGCAGAGCACCCACGGCUGUGGGCCCCCGGCCCCCUGCGCCCCCGGCUGCCGCUGCCCCAACGGGACGCUGGAGCAGGACGGGCGGUGCGUGCCCGUCGCCCACUGCGAGUGCACGGACGCGCGUGGGCGCGCGUGGCCGCCCGGGACGCACCGCGCCGGGCAGUGCCGGACAUGCGUGUGCCGGGGGGGCCGCCUGCGCUGUGUGCGGGGCCUCGGCUGCACCCCCGCGCCGAGCUGCGCCUGGAGCCGCUGGAGCCGCUGGAGCAGCUGCAGCGUGACCUGCGGCGGGGGGCGGCGGGCACGAACAAGGACCCCCAUCCCGGCCGCGGGGCGCGGGACGUGCGGGGAGCCGGAGGAGCAGAGCCGGGAGUGCGCGGCGGAGCUCUGCCCUCCCCUCUGCCCGCGGCCCGGCGGCGGCGAGCGGCUGCUGGGAGAGAGCUGGUCGCAGGGCGAGUGCCGGCGAUGCACCUGCACCCCCGAGGGCAUCCAGUGCCAGGACGUCCCCUGCGCUGACAGCUGCCUCUGGAGCCCCUGGGAUCCGUGGGGGCCCUGCCAGGACCCCUGCGGCGGCGGCUACCGCCUGCGCCACCGCCAGCCCCGGCACCCAGCGGGCACUCGCCACUGCCACGGCGCCCACUCCCAGACCCAGAGCUGCAACACCGGCGCCUGCCCCGGGACGACGUGUGAGGAGCAGGGACGGGCAUUCACUGCCUGUGCCAACAGCUGCCCUCGUGCCUGUGCUGACCUCUGGCCCCACGUUGAGUGUCUGCAGGGGCCCUGCCAGCCAGGGUGCCGGUGCCCCCCGGGACAGCUGCUGCAGGAUGGGGUGUGUGUGGGCACUGGUGAGUGCCGCUGCGGGCUGCCCAUGGGCAACGGCAGCCGGGAGCUGUGGCCAGGGCAGGCAGCCGAGCUGGAGUGCCACAACUGCACCUGCAGCAACGCGACCUUGGUGUGCCCGGCCCUGGCGUGUCCAACCUACGGGCCCUGGGCCCUGUGGGCACCCUGUUCCCACAGCUGUGGUGGCGGCAGCACCUCCCGGCACCGGGAGUGCUGGGAGAGCGCCAGCGGGGUGCCCUGCGGGGCCAACAGCACCCAGGAGACAGCUCAGUGCAACCCACAGCCCUGCCCUGCCAGCUGUGAGCUGAGUCCCUGGUCCCCAUGGAGCCCCUGCAGUGCCAGCUGUGGUGGUGGCAUCUCCGAGCGGCACCGGGAGCCGCUGCCAGGACCGGGAGGCUGGGAGGAGCUGUGCCCCCUCCUGCCACUGCUGCUGCUGCACCGCGUCUGCAACGCCCACAACUGCUCCCUGGAGUGCCCCAGUGGGCAGGUGCACGUGGCCUGUGCCAACGCAUGUCCCCGCGCCUGCGCCCACCUGCGCCCUGGCACACGCUGCCUGAGUGAGGGCUGCCAGCCCGGCUGUGCCUGCCCGCCUGGCCAGGUGCUGCAGGACGGAGCCUGUGUGCCCCCAGAGCUGUGCCGCUGCCUGCUGCCCCCUGCCCUGCCCGGGGCCCAGGAACACCCGCCGGGCAGCCACCUCCAGCUCCGCUGCCACAGCUGUGUCUGUGUCCGCGGUGCCUUCAAUUGCUCCCAGGAGGAUUGUAAUGGGACAUGCCCGUGGUCACCGUGGUCGCCGUGGUCACCGUGCUCAGUGACGUGCGGGACGGGUGAGCGGCUUUCACACCGGCACCUGCUCCGGCAGCACGGCUCUGAAGGGGCCAAGUGCCUGGACCCUGCCACCCGCCGCAGCCCCUGCAGCCUCCCUGACUGCCCAUGCCCGGUGGGAGAGCGCUGGCAGGGCCCCGAGGCGUGGGCGGGCUGUGAGCCACGCUGCCAGGACAUCUCGCACCGUAACAGCUCCCUCUGGCCACCUCACAACUGCAGCAGGCCACCGGCCCCUGCUUGCGCUUGCCAGCCGGGCCACUACCGCAACAGCAGCGGCCACUGCGUCCCGGCGGCCCUCUGCGAGUGCCAGCACCGCGGGCGGCUGCACGGGGCUGGCAGCGAGUGGCAGGAGCAGUGCGAGACGUGCCGCUGCCUGGACGGGCGGGUGGUCUGUGUCCAGCGCUGCCCCCUGCUCACCUGCCCCGAGGGCGCGGUGAAAGUGCGGGAGCCAGGGAGCUGCUGCCCCGUCUGCCGGGAGGAGUGGCCCGAGGAGCCCUCCCGGUGCCGGCUCCUGACCGAGGUGCGAACGGUCGCCAAAGGCUCCUGCGCGCUGCGCGGGGUCCGCGUCAGCUACUGCGCGGGUCGCUGCCGCUCCCGCACCACCGUCACCGCCGAGGAGCCGUACCUGCGGAGCGUCUGCGAGUGCUGCAGUUACCGGCUGGACCCUGCCGGCCCCGUCCGCAGCCUCCGACUGCCCUGUCCCGGCGGCGGGACGCGGCCCGUGCUGCUGCCCGUCAUCCGCAGCUGCCACUGCAGCCCGUGCCAGGGUAAGCGGGGGAUUCCGGGGGGAGACACAGCCCACAGCCCUCCCCAGGCCCCCUCAUCACCGUUCUCACAGGCGGGGACUCCUCCCGGCGCUGAGGACCCGCCCCCGGGAUGCUGCGGAGCCCCGAACCCUGUCCCCGUCUGCAAUAAAUGUUUGGGAGCAGCCCCCGCGUCUGGCAUCGGGGGGAAGGGGGCACGGGGGGGCAUUGGGAGAGCGCAGGGCGGCCAGGAGGGACCAGGGAGAGACAGGAAAGGGGGGGACCGGGGAGAGAUUGGACAGAGAAGAAUGUGGGGGGUGAAGUGGGAUACUGGAAGGCUCGGGGGGGAGGACGGCGGAGGGACUGGGAGGGAUUUAGGAGAGCUUGUGGAGGUCGGGAGAAGGACUGGGAAAAUAGAGGGUAACGCUGUGGGGGAGACUGUGAAGGGCUGA